CGGCGCAGCGCCAGUGCCCACCACGCGCGGCCCGCGCCCGGACUGUCAGUGCAGUGAAUGUGAACCGUAGACUACCACCGAAAUAUCCACUAUUAUUCCCCGCGCGCGCCCAACAGUGACCCAGAACCUCAAUACAAAGUUGUCCCUCCUUGCCGACUUGACCUCUUCCUUCCGUGUCCGUGUUGAAGGUCCGCCCGCCCCCGCGCUCGUUCCCGGGAACAGUUGACGAUCGGGAUAUAUCGCUCGCUCUGGACUGAUCAUGUGCUAUUUGUUUCGGAUGUGACACUGACCGAGCGUCUGCUCUUUUUAUUGGAACUUGACUCUUCUUGGCAGGUGGUGUGUGAAUGGAGCACAGUUUGAAGACCACUGGUGUACAAUAACAGAUAGCUUGCAGAGUGGCGGCGUCCAAGUAUGGAGGGUGCGGAGCCGGGGGCGGGGUGACGGUGAAGCGCAGCAUGAAGUGCGGGGGCGCGGGGGGCGGCGGCGGGGGCGGGGGCGGCGACGAGCUGCUGCUGGGCUGCUGGCUGGACAAGGAGCCGUCGCCCGGCGCCGACCUGCUGGCCGAGCUGCUGGCGCCGCCGCCGCUGGCCGAGCUCAAGCCGCUGCCGCCCUUCACCGGCUACACCGGCCACCUGUCCAUCAACGGCAUCUCCGGCCGCCACUACGGACUCAUCUCGCAGCACCAGCCCGAGGAGAACAACAACUACCCCACGCAGAGCGGCUACCACGAGCACGAGGUGUCCUCGUCCACGGCGCCCCCUGCGCCCCCCGCGGCCCCCGCCGCGCCCCCGGACGUCAAGCCGCUGCUGUUCGACAAGUACGCGGCGGACGCGCCCGACUCCUGCGCCGCCGCCGCCGCCGCCGCCUCGCCGCGCAAGCAGCUGUACGAUGACCCGCACAUGGACAUCAGCUCCAUCGAGGACAUCGCCGCCAUCAUCGGCUCCGCCAUGGCCGACACCACGUCGCCGCCCGACGACCCCGAGCACGGCGACUCGCGCGAGUCCUGGAUGGACCUGGAGGCGUGGUUCGGCGGCGCGCAGCACAACGAGAAGAUCAUCCCGCAGGACCUGGAGGAGUUCAUCCCGCCCUCGCCCUCGCCGCAGCACCACUCCCUCGACUUCCACGGCAAGGGCCAGGACUUCUCCAAGACGCAGGAGCUGCUGCACAAGAACAUCAGCCAGGCGGGGCUGCAGUCGCUGCUGACGCACGGCUACAUGCCGCUGCUCCAGCAGCGCCUGGUGCAUGGGCCGCCCGCCAAGCAUGAGGCGCCCAGCUCCACGAGCUUCGGCCUCAACGAGAUCUCCGCGUCGUCGCCGCCGGGCAACGCCGUGUCCACCACAGACCUGGGCGGCCGCUACGCCGCGCACUACCUGGGCCUCAAGCCCGAGCCGGCGUGCAGCCCCGAGCGCCUGCUGGGCUACGCGCACGCGCACACCACCACGCCCUCCGGCAAGAGCAAGCGCAGCCGCGCCAAGCCCAAGCAGCCGCAGCACGGCGGCCUCAGCUACUCCGCGGCGGCCGAGCUGGGCGGCCUGCUGGGCAAGGAGAAGCCCGUGCACCGCUGCGGCAUCUGCAACCGCGGCUUCCUCAACAAGUCCAACAUCAAGGUGCACCUGCGCACGCACACCGGCGAGAAGCCCUUCCGCUGCGACGUCUGCGCCAAGGCCUUCCGGCAGAAGGCGCACCUCAUCAAGCACCAGCAGAUCCACAAGCGCAUCGGCCGCGACUGACCGCCCCCCGCGCCCCCCGCGGCCCCCGCGGCCCCCGCGCCCCCGCAGACUGUCCACCGGCUCAAACAAGCAUUUCCCUAGUUGUAGUAGUGUGAGUGAGUGUGUGCGGGCGAGAGACUGCUGAAGCUCAUCGCUAGGCGUUGUAUAUGUACUUCAGUAACCGGUGUUAUUGUAUAUUAUGUUUAUUUGUCUAACUCGUAGCGUAAGGACGUUUCUCGUAUAUAACUUUCAUUAACCCCUCAUAGUUUUACACUCCUCCUAUGGACAAGUGCAAUGUUAACUAGUUUUAAGGUUAGAGUUUUAUCGGCGCGCAUCGCCGCAGGAUUUCAUUACACUUUUUGCUGUACAUUUGUAGUGGAAUAAAUAAUUAACUAUUGUUGCUAGGUUUAAUAAUCGGCUUCAGUAUUCCAGGUCAUGUCUGUUUGGACGUCUGCACUGCCGACUGACAUGCGCAGUGCAGCGCGUUCGACAAACCCACGUGCGUUUACGUAUUUAUUUAUUUAUAUCUGCAAUAAUCAAGUCGAUUAUAAGAACGUAUGUAAUUUAUAAAAUUCCGUUUCAAGUCAGUGAAUCAAUUACUUAAUUCGAUUAAUUAUCUACUUAAGUACAAUCUAGAGACGUUCAUCACUUAAAUACGCAUAAUUAUUGGAUGUUACUCAUUUAUUUUCGUUUUUUAUCAUGUCACACAAAAAGUACAUUUGAAUAUACAUGGAUUAUUUUGUAGUACUUGUUAUAACCUAUUCGUAUUGUACAAUACAAUAAACAGGCGUGGACCUGCGAGAUAUAGAGUGCUAUUAAGUCGAGUGUUAUCUGCAUUUAGUUAGAAAUAGAAUAUUAGCUCUCAGUCUUAGUACAUACUAAUCAAUCUCGCACACGUCUUUAAAUACUUACGUUUUCCAUGUUUUCGGAAAAACAUCAUGCACAUAAUUAUAACAUAGACUGUU